UAUGACAUCAUUUGUUUAUUGUCCGUGUUAAUGACAAAGGAAAUAAAUUACCAAAUAAUUAAAUUUGCUGUGUUUCUACCUUUAUAACUUCGCUCCAAAAUGUUUUCGUCAAUAUUUGGCAAACGACGGGCCUCUCCAGUAGAAGAAAAUGACAUACCACCGAUACCUGGUGCGAGACCUGACGAUGGAUUUGUGGUGGUGAACCCUGCGCCGCCCGCGGGAGGGCUGUAUCCCAACGUGAGCGGGCUGGGCGGCCCCGGGCCCGCGACCCCCGCCCGCCCUGCGCCGCCGCUGCCCGCGCCCAGACCCGCCGUCGACAACUUCCACUACCUCCAAGGCGUACCAUUUACUCUAUCGAAGGAACUGCAAAUGGCAUCUAACAAAAACUCUUUUGCCAUCGAAAUCGGUGACUUGCUGGCCAUAGUCAUGAACAAGAUUAAUAUUAGCAAAUAUGAUUACGAUUUUUCUACAGAAAAAAGUGUGUUGAAAGAGUGUUGAUGCUUACUGUGAUGUUCUUGGUUCUUGGUUAAGGCCUAUUUACUGUGUAUUUGAUGUUUUACUGUGAUUCAAUUCAUAUUAUUUACUUGGGGGGAAGCUUAUGAAAGUCUCUACUUUGAUUGGAUCAAAUCAAAGAUAUCAAAAAUGUAGCAAGAUCUUACUUUAUUAUAGUGCUGCAGAUAAAUAAACACUGAUCCGGCUGCUUUACAUUUUAUAAUAAAAAUAUCUGGGGACAUCCCACACUGACAGGAGUAUGGACACUCAUAAUAAUAUGGCAGGAUAUCAUGAAAUGAUACAGUCCACCAUUUUCAUAUUAUUUCUUUAUCACAUUCAAGUUUUUGUUUUAUUUUGUUGUAGUACUGGCCUGACUAUAACUCAUCAAUGGAUUUUGAUGAGUAAUGGCCACUUGCAUUGCAUGGUACCUAUACAAUAUAUAAUUUAUUAUUCCUAUUUAAAAGGAUUUUACUGAAGGUUACAUAAAACACUGUUGGAAACUAUCUUUUUUUGAAUAUAAAUAUUUAUAGAAAUUAGUGUCAAUGUUAUAUUAAAUUUAAGAAAAAUAAACCAAAAUAUUUAAAA